AUGUUAAAUUCAUUCCGAAAAUGGGUACAAAGUGCUGUAGAUGUUACAUUAGAUAUACCUGAAACAACAAAUAAUCAUCUCAAUCAUCAUCAUGCUCAAUUAUCGACUCGUUCGACUAAUUAUUUAUCAAGACCAAUGUCAAUGGAUAAUUUUAAUAAUUCUAACACUCGACCACGAAGUUCAUCAUCGACUCUGCCACCAUCGUCACCUGAAAUUGAUUUAAGUCAUCUAAACAGAGAUGAACAAGAACACAUAGUUGCUGUUUUGAUACGAGCGAGACAAGUUGAACAACAAGAAACUACCACCACCAAGUCUAUAUCAACAUCAACAUCAACAUCAUCGUCAACGUCAACGUCAUCCAGCAUAGAUGAUGAACAACAGCAACAACUACAUGAAGAAAAAAACAAGAUUAAUUAUUUGCUACCAAUUGAACAAGAUCAACAAAAACAAAACAAUGAUGUACAAAUUGAAAAUUGCUUAACCUGUGGACAACAAGUGGAACAAACAUCAUCAUCAAUAUGUUCGAAUUGUAUGGAAUUACAACAUUUGAACAAUACUGAGACAACAACAGAAAUGUCACUUAACAAACAAACAAUUUGCGUUGAAAAGCAAAUAUUUGAUACGUCAAAAUUAAAAAUGAUAUUUCCAGAUCAUCAUCCUCAAGUACAAGAUUUUGAAUAUUGGAACAAAACAGAAGAAGAUGACAGCUUGUCAACCAACGAUGAGAAUAAUAUUUAUGAUAAUAUUUCACCCCGAGAGACUUCUGUUGAGUCAACUGAUGACGAUGAUAACGUUGAAGAAGAAGAAGGGAAUAUACCAAAUACCAUUGGCGAAUAUGCGUCUUACAUAAGUAAUCAUUACAGGCCUCAAUCUGUCACAACUCGAGAAGAUAAUGAGUCAAUAUCUCUUAAUGAAGUUGAUUUAGAGUCAAAUAGUGAUGCUAGUGUUCUCGAUGAACACUUUGUUCCAUCUAGCAAAUCGAAUAGUACACGUUUAGGUAGUCUAACAGAGGUAGCUGAAGAAGACUUUCUCUAUCAGGGGCCAUCGUAUACUGAAAUAAUACCAAUUGAAAACAAAUCUAUCGUUGAGCAAGCGUCUCUUCAGCAACCACCCCUCUCUCCUUCUCAUCAAUAUAUUGUCGAUGAGAUUGACGCUUAUCCGUCAUCGGAUGAAGAGAAUAACAAUCAGCAAAAGCUCCCUAUAAAGAAAGAACGUGAUCAUAUCCAAGAAUUAGCGGAUACAAUAGCAAAUAUAUCGCGAAAGUUUCCAUCAGCAGCAGAUGAUCCUAUGGAAAAAAUUGAUGAUACUAAUGCCGUACAAGAAAUGGAAAUUGAAUCUAUAGUUACAACAGAAUCUGAAGAUGAAACAGUAUCAAGACGUGGGAGUCUUAGUCGGUCAUUAGGUAUACAUCAAAAAUUAAAUCAUAUUAGUCAAAAGCCGUCAGAUAAGGAGAAUACGCCAGUUAUUACAACUAACGUAAUGGAGAUUAAUAAGCAUCACAAUGUGUCGCCAACAAUAGAUAUGUUUUCAAAAUAUAUGCGUCAAGCUGAAGAGAAUUUGGUGACAGCAACAGAAACAAAAAGUUUGCCAAGAAAGAUACUCGAAUAUAAGGAUCUAAAACGUAUGAAACGUAGUUUACCAACGAUACCAUAUUCUAUUGCUCUUCGACGAACGAAUUCUGAGUCACAAUUUUCUCUACCCGAUCGAAAUGGUGCACAAUCGGGUCUUAUAAAUCAUUCAUCCGAUUCAACUUGUCUUCCUCUACCUCGAUUAUCUGUAUCGGUCAGUCAUCAAAAUGCUCAUCAAUUAAAUGCAUUACGAGAAGAUUUUGACGAAGAUUUACUUGAGAUUGAUUUAAAUACAGCUAGUACGAAAGAACGUUCAAAAACAGAUUCUAUCGUCAAUUUGCAUGAGUUUAUCCCUCAGCCAGAAUUAACGACAAAUGAACAUUUGUCGUCCAAAAUACAUUCAAUUUCUAAUGGUUUAAAUCAUGAUCACGAAGAACAUCUACCACCAUCAACACCAAAAGUUUUGCAUAAAGAUCAGACAACAAACACUAGGAACGAUCGACAUUUAUCCAAAAAGAAAUCAAAGAAAAAAGAUUCCGAUACUCGACAGAAACAUACUUUAACAAAUGCUAUUACGAAAACUGAUAAUGAGACAAAUACAUCAGAAACGAUAACAGAAGAUCUACGUCAAAUUCAAUCACAAAUAAUAAAUCCCGGUCAGUUUUAUAUGUCUGCAUUUCUCUCUUUAAUAUAUUGUGUUUAUUUUUCAGAACAAGUAUCAACAAAUGAAACAUCAAACCGAAAGAAAGUACAAAAGAGUACAUCGACAGAGACCACUUAUCCAUUUUCAGUAUCAAAACUACUUCUAACAAAGGAUAUACAUAGUCGUACAAAUGCAACGAAUCUCGGAUUAAGAAUCACUGGUGGUCAUUCUCUACCAGAUUGUACUGAAGUAACAGCCAUUAUUGAAAACAUUGAUGUACAUCAUCGAAACUACGAAAUAUUGAAAAAUGCUGUUAGAGAAGGUGAUGAAGCAUUAGAGAUUGGUGGCGUUAGUCUUCGUGGUAAAAGUGCCUUAUUUGUAAAAAAUUUAAUGAAUUCUAUUCAGGAUGAAUUUGAAAUUGUUGUUCGAAGCCAAAAAAGUUUUGAUAUGCACCAGAAUGAACUUAAUUCUUUGAUUUCAUCUCUUGUUGUUCAAAUGCAUCCAACAGAUACACUUCAACAGACAAAUAAAGCAGUCAAUAUUAAUCUGGAACAAUCAAAAUCAUCACGACAAUUCGAUAGUUUUCGUCGUUAUUCUGAACCGCAUGUGGAAGUUGACACUGUUUUAGAACCGUCCAAUACAUCACUUUCAACCGUUAUUGAAUCACAUUCAACAAUGAUUAGACAACCAGAGAAUACUACGCUAAAAGCAACAUCAAAUACAUUAUUACCUAAUGAACAAUAUCAUUCCUAUUCGUCACCUGCUCAAGAUUUGCAACAUAAUAUGACGAGUAGUAUGCCAAAAGAACGUUUAUUUUCUGUUGAACGUUUAUCACGUGAUGCGUUAUCAUCAUCGAAGUCGAAUGAUCAUAUAAAAAAGACAAUUGUCAAUUCUGAGAACACACAUCGUCCACCGAAUGGUGUCUCAUUUCAUUUAGAUGAUGGUGCUUUUUCAUUGUCGAUCGAUUCUCCCGAUAAUCAAGACAAUGGUAUUUAUAGUCUAUCAGAAUAUGAACGAAAACAUUCCUCGUCUCAUACAACACCAUCAUAUCGUGAUGAAUUUGAUAAUAAGACGUUUAAUAAUGAUAUUCAACAAUAUGAAAUUGGACAUCGAUCACCGAUACCGACAUCACCAUCACCAACGCCCAGAUUAGCUGAUAUCGUUUAUCCUUUACUAGUAAAUAGUAAGAAUGAUACAACAAUUCCUACCAUCAUAGGUACUGACGAGUCAAUCGAUAUACCUAAAGUGACGUUGAAAAAAGCAUCUUAUAAAAAAGAACAGCUCACUGAUACUUCAAGAAUAAACGACCGAAAAUUAUCACAAAGUCCAAUUUUAGACAAAAAAUCGGCUGAUGAAAAUAAUUUAAAUUAUCGUCGAUAUGAACAUCGAAAUAGUUUAUGUCCAUCAGAUUAUGGUGAUCGACGUGGAUCAAAUGAAUCAGAUGAAAGUGAUAAUCUAUCAAAAUAUUUUCCAUCAGAUCAUAGUCGAAAAAGUUCAUUGAGAGAUGACUAUUUAACACAACCAACAUUAUCAAAUACACCAGCGAGACGUAGUAGCAGUGUUAAUGAACAACGUGCAAGUCGAUUAUCACACAAUGGUAAAUUGAGUAGUGAUUCGACAACUACAUCAAAAGGUAUACAAGAUUUUCUUCGAUCAUCAUCUAAUGGAAGAGAACAUUUGGAAAAUCGUGGAAAAGGAUUAAGAUUAAACUUUUUAAGAAAAAAAACAAAAAGUGUCGAUUUUUCAAAUGGUGAAAAAAUUUCUGAUCAGCCUCAAAUUGGUGAAAAAGAUUACGUUGGAGAUAUUCAAUUACAAAUUGCUCAUAAUAAAGAAGAUGAGCAGUUAGUAAUCAAAAUUCUUAAAGCAAAAAAUCUUAUAGCAAAAGAUACAAACGGAUUUUCCGACCCAUUUGUUAAAGUUUAUCUUUUACCUGGUCGUGAUCAAGAAAAUAAACGCCGUACAAAACAUAUAUCAAAGUCACUAAAUCCCGUAUGGAAUCAUGUAGUCGUCUAUCCAAAUGUUCAUCGUGAGGAAUUACAGAAUAAAAUGGUUGAGUUUACUGUAUGGGAUUAUGAUCGAUUUAAAGCAAAUGAUUUUAUAGGUCAAGUAACUAUUGAUUUAAAAGAUGCCGCUGUUAUUGAUGAUCAAUCACAUUGGUAUCGUUUGAAAGCGAUUCGUGAACGUGAAGAUACAAAUCGUUUAUCGCCAAAACUCUUUAAAAUGGGUACAGGUUCAGAUUCGUCAAAAAUACAUUCGCCAUGA